AUGAGAACUUUCUUCUUCCUAUUAUUUGCUCUUUAUUGUUUUGCUACUAAUCCAAAAACAGAAAUGAAAAGUGAAGAGUUUGUUCUUGGUGAAUGGACAUUUGAAUAUUACAUGGGAGAUUAUGAAAAUCCAAGUGAUAUUCUUACAUACAAUAUAACUACUAUUGAUGGAGUUAUAUCUAUUUCUCCUAUUAUAGAUGGAGUACAAGAAGAUCCAAUUGGAAGAAUUGAAACAGAAGGAAGUUCAAUGACAGUUUUUAUUAAUGAGAAUGUUCUUUUCAGUGCAGAUUUUGAGGAAACAUCAGCAUUAGGAGUAUAUCAAUCAACAGUUGAAUUUGAAAAUGAUACAUAUGAAGUUAUUAUUCCACAUCCAAAAUUCCCUAAAUUCAUUGUUAGUACUUAUGGACAAUCAGGAAAGAGAUUAAUUGUUGGUAAGAGAACUGUUAUUAUUCCACCAAAGACUUUCUUCCAAAAGUAUGGAAUGUUUAUUAUGAUUGGUGUUUUAAUCUUAACAUUCUUCUUCAAAGGUAAUUCUGGACCUGAACCACAACAAGCUGCUGCACCAGUUGCUGAAAAACCAAAAACAGAAUAAAUUAAAAUUUAUGAUUAAAUUUUUU